AUGCUUGCUGCCGCUCUGACGACACAUGGCGGGGACAUGGCGCAGGUUACGCUUGUGCCCCCCAGUUGUGAAGGCGACCCGGCGACUCUUGGAGAUAUCCAUUUCUUCUCAGUAUGUGUUAUCGCGCAGCCUGUCCGCUUGUGGCGGGCGAUUGAACACGCAGACAAGAGCAGGCCGACACAGAAAGCUUACUCAUUCACACUUGGGCACAUUGCGCCAACCAUAACAAAGGUCAAUCGUGGAAUUGGUCGAGCCUAUUUCGUACGCUGUGACGACCAAAAAAGUACACUCGUGCAAGCAGUUACCGAGCCACGGCAGAAUACAAUGACUGUGCACUCCACCUAG